AUGCCUUCAAAGGAGGCGGUUUCGACACCUGCCAAACCAACGGAACAUGCUGAAGCGGGCGCCUCGAAGGCUGAAAAAACGCCAUCAGCCAUUCCUGCCGCAAAGUCUUCAACAUCUACCAAACCAGCGACAGAAGCUGCAGCGAGCAGUGCGACAGUUGAUAGGCAACCCUCCACCCUAGCGGUCGGAAAGCCUUCAAAGGACGCGAUCUCAUUGGUUGUCAAGCCAGACCUACAGUCUCAAGGUAGUGGUACGAAAGAUUUGAAGGCCGAACAACCACCAUCCAUCGCACCUACUGGGAAACCUUCGCAGGAAACAAUGUCUAAGCCAGCCAUGGCAGCGCCAGCAGAUGCUGCUAAGGUGGAGACGAAACCUGCCCCAGCAGAACCCGCUCCACCGGCGACCAUUCCAGCGGCUCCCGAAAAAACGCAACCUGGCGCUCCUGCCGCCAAGCCAUCAAGCGAGGUAGCGUCGGCACACGCGAAACCUGAACCGCCAGAAUCUGCGGCUGUACCGAAGCCCGAGAAAGUAUCAGAAGCGAAGCCCACCUCCCAUAAGCCUCCGUUGCAAUUGGCCACUGCGAGACGGCAAUCAGCACCUUCAAGUACAGCGCAAGCUGUACCACCAGAACAUCAAAAGGUUGUCAAGGAAGCUGCAAAAACUCCAGACUCCAAACAUCCCGGCGGAGAGGCAAAAACCGCUUCCGCGCCACUGCUUCCCGCGACACCAGCAAAAUCAGCUUCUGCUGACCCAGAGACUGGCGUGAAGGCAGAAGCUAAAAAGCCGGAAGCCAAACCGGAGCCUGGAAAGCCACCUACGGCAACGGCUGCCUCGAAGGACGUGAAGGCAGAAGCUAAAAAGCCGGAAGCCAAACCGGAGCCUGGAAAGCCACCUACGGCAACGGCUGCCUCGAAGGACGUGAAGGCGUCGACGACGCCGAAACCUGCUUCAGUAACUUCAGCUCCAGCAGCGGCUGCACUGCAAGCGGGAAAGACUCAGGCUGCACCCAAACCACCGGCAGGUAAAGUAGCCGCCACCGCCGCAGAAGUGAAAAAAGAACAAGGUGCAGCUAAGGGGUCUCAAGAAGCCCCGAAAGCCACGCAGAAAGAAGCAGAAAAGGGGAGGAAACCGUCCCUACCGAAGAGCACAAGCGAGCCUUCCCAGGCACCGCCAACAAAAGUGGACAAGUCAGCGGCGGAACUGCAGAAGGCAAUUGCUGUUCUGCCAACGCAGCCUCCCGUCGAAGAUGAAGAAUAUGUUGGCUAUCGCCUUUACAAAGCGUGCGUCCAAGUGAGAGAAUCCCAGGAACUGCCUGUCGAGGCGCCGGCUGCACCGCAGGAGACAGCGAGCCAGUCACGCAAGGCGUCGACACUGGCAGAAGAACCCAAGGCUCCAGCGCCUGUGGCCGCCCCUGUUGCAAAGCCGGAGGAACCAUUAAAAGAAACGGGGCAUCCGCUUCACGUAACGGAUUCCAAGGCUAUUAUUCCCCUGGACGAGAAAAAAUCAUCCGUGAUACCUGUGGAAAAGCCGCCCGUGCAACCUGAAGAAACGAAAGCGCCCCCAGCGGCACCAAAGGAAGAACCUCCAAAACCGCCACCUGUAGUAGAAGCUCCGAUACCGCCCCCUGAAGUAGCCAAGGAAGCGCCUCCGACAAAGACGCCAGAGCCAGUUUCCCAUCCGGCCAGAGAAUUCAAAGCAGCCGUCAUGAUACAAGCGGAGAAAGGCCAUGGUGAAGGCCAAGCGUAA